CCCAUCUUAUCCCUUUGCUGAACACAUACAUCGAGAGCUCGCUGCUGUCAAAAAAAUAAAAUCGAGAAGUGCUCGCUGUAGGAGCAAAGGAGAAGCCAUGGCCCAAGCCAUCGUCCAGAGGAUAUGCGUGAAGCUCAGAUCUGCCAUUGAAGAUGAAGCCAUGGUGCGCUUGAACGUCAGCGCUUGCCUGCGUGAGAUUUUGGAGGCGCUGGAGACCAUGGAGCCGUUGCUGGAGAAGGCCGAGAUUCUACUGUUCAGGUCUAAGGUGGAGUUGGAAUUGCUGCGGCAGGUCAGGGUAGCCACCUACCAGAUCAUGGACAUAGUCGACGAGUUGCAGGACGCGAGGUCACAGGCCACUGCGAUGAUGACAAGGAUGUUGCCCCACAUUCCCACCACGAAGAACACCAUGGCCAUGAAGCUGGUUCUGAUGAAAACAAAAAUUAUGAAUAUAAAAGACAGGUACUCUAGAUACUCUAGAUACUCAUUGUUCAAGGAGUCAGAGGAUGCGGAAUUCCAGAAAAUUAUAGAUGGGCGAAAAACAUGGCCAAACCGACCAUUUUUAGAGGAAGCAUUGGUGUUUGAAAGGGGAUCAAAUAAACAGAGGAUAGUGGAUGUGCUGCUAUUUGCUGAGCACAUCACACGAGAGCCCAUCACCACCAUUCUUCCAAUCUUUGGGCUUGCAGGAAUUGGCAAGACAACCUUGGCACAAAUGAUGUUUAAUGAUACCCACUUCCUUCCAGGUUACGACUUCCGGGUAUGGGUCCAAGUAUGGCCCGAACUUGAUUUUCAUACAGUAGGAGAGUCCAUAAUUCAUCGGAUAACAGGAGCUACAGGAGAACAAGAGAUCAACGAUGACCAUGGUUCACAAAAGGGUAUUGAGAGUAUAAUGGAUCAUCUUCACCAGGUACUUAAUGGUAAGAAGGUGCUCCUUAUUUUGGAUGACUUGUGGGAGGAGGAUGCCAUUCAGUUGCAGCUGUUGAAGUCUAUGUUAACCUUCUUUGGCGACAAGGUGGAUGUGAUAGUAACCACAUGCAACCAAGCCAUCGCGAGGAACAUCUGUACUGUUGAGUCGUACAAGCUAAAACCAUUGAGUGAUGACACAUGCUGGGAAAUAAUCAAGAAAUCAUUCCAUUUAAAAAAAAGAAGAUAAAGAAUAGGUUGAGAAGGUAGGACGGGAGAUGGCAAGCAAGUGCCGAGGUGUACCAUCAGCGGCUUAAGCAUUUGAGGGAUUGCAAGCUUCUUCCCAAGAUGUUAGGAAAUGGGAAGAUGCCAUGCUAGAUUCAACAUUUCUUUUACCGAUUUCAACUUUCGAGUUAAGCUUCAGGAGCAUGGCACCAGAUUUGAGGCUAUGCUUUGCUUAUUAUUGUAAAAUCUUCCCAAACGGGCACAAUAUAGUCAAAGAUGAUCUGGUUCAUCAAUGGAUUGCUCUCAACCUCAUUGAGGCAUCUGAAAUAUCGUCUGCCAAACAGAUAGCUGAGGAGCAUAUUACAAGGCUUCUGGACAUGUCAUUCCUUCAAACCGCAAAGUCGGAUCAUGCCAGGGCAAAGGACGAUAAGGUUGGGAUCUUGUUCACUAUACACGAUUUGGUGCAUGACUUGGUGAGAUGGUUUGCAGGAUGUUCACCUCGGGUAUCUUAAGAUAUCAGAAUUCACUGGGCUGGUAAGUGGUAACUCUGCCUGAGUCAUUGGGGGAUCUCAUAAAUCUGAUCCACAUCGAUUUAUCAGGCUGCUCCAGGCUACUGAACCUACCAGAGUCGUUUGGAAAGCUAAUCCGUUUAGUGCAUGCCAACUUGUCAGGCUGCUCUGGACUUGCAACACUUGCUGAAUCAUUUGGAGAUCUUAUUAACUUGUCCCAUGUCAAUCUGUCACGCUGCCAUGGAUUCGCAGAGCUUCCAGAACCGCUCCAGAAGCUCGGCAAACGGGUACACCUGAAUUUAUCAUUCCGGUCUUGUUUUGAAGGGAUUGGGAAACGCCUUGGUGGCCUCACCACUCUGGAGCAUUUGAACUUAUCAAACCCUUGUUGUCAUCUUGCUCAGCACCGUUCCGAUCUCCAAGGGCUAAAUGAUGGUUUAUGCAAGCUCACCAAACUCCGGCAUCUGAACUUGUCAGCAUGCCUGAAUCCUAUCUUUUACUACCAUGGAGAGUCACAAGUAGAGAAUCUCAAAUACCUUGGAGAGUGUGUCAGCGGUCUUUCCAGCCUAGAGCAUUUAGACCUGUCUCAUCACACAUUUCUUUUUGGUCUACCUGGGAGUCUAGGUGAGCUCAACAAGCUAAAAACACUGAAUCUCUCAGGCUGCAUCAGACUCAAGAUGGUUGGUGAAAUGAAGUCUCUCAAAUUUAUAAAUCUUAGGAAGUGUCGGGGCCUAGAGAAUUGCCAGUUUGUGGUUCGCAUUGUCGAUGAUGACGUUGCAUAUAGCAGCAGCAACAUUGUUCAGCUGGAGGAGGUAAAUUGCCAAGAACUCCAGAUAAGCUGCCUAGAAAAGGUCAAGUCUAAAGAGGAAGCACAAAGAAUCAAAUUGGCGAAGAAACGAAAUAUUGAAAAGUUGAAGCUUUCUUGGACUUUGGACACUGUCGGGCGAGUGGAGGACAACGUUUUGUUGGGGGAAUUAGUGCCACCACCUAAUCUGCAGUGCCUUGAGGUUAAUGGCUACGCUGGCACAUGUCUCCCGAAGUACUUGGGUGGGCUCACCUCUCUCCAGCAACUCAAGAUCGUCCGCUGCAAGCAGCUCAACUCGUUGCCGGAUACAAUGCAGAAACUCACCAGCCUCAAGGAUCUGUGUAUUUUUGACUGUCCAGAAUUGGAGAAGUGGUGUCAAGUUGAGGAGAACAAGAAAGUGCUGGCCCACAUCCCCAACAAAAAUUAUGAGGAACCAGCUAGUACUAGCAGGCAGGAGAUUGAGGAGGACGACAGAUCGGGCAACGAGGGGGAGGCGGCGUAGGAAGACGCCACGGCGGCAAGGAAUUGUGUUUGCGAUGAAGAACAAAUUUCGGUGCAAAAUGGAAUGCCAUUUGAUUACCAGCUACUCUUGCAAGUUGCAUCGUAUGUUGGCCUGCAGACUCUUUCAGGCAGCAAAACAUGAUGAUUUGAUUCCAGACAACUUACUUUCCGCAUUCCUGUAAAAUUUAAUAGUUUAAUCUGAGACCUUGAGCGUACAUUAUAUGCCAUGUAAUGCUCAGCCGAAUCCUUAAAUCUUGACACAUAUGUCACCCAAUGUAAGUUCAUACUACUUGGCACGAGCUGUUAAAUUCGGUUUGGUAAUAAUAUUUCAGUUCAGAACA